GAUCCCCGGCGGUUGACCCGCCGCAGCGAUCCCCAGCUGCUAACUCGUCUGGGCGAUCCCCAAUGGCUGAGCAGCCUCGGCAAUCCUCGGCGACCCGAAGAAGACGGUCUCGUUCGAGCUCGAGCUCCAGCUCGAGUUCGAGUUCAAGCUCGAGCUCUAGUUCGAGCUCCAGUUCAAGCGGAACAUCAUCCAGUUGCACAUCGUGCAAAUCCGUUAAAAGUAUACGCGAUCUCAAGCGGAUUCCUAAAAUUACAUCCUCGAAUAUGAAGAGAAAAGCAAAUGAACAAGAAGGCAACGAGCAGAAGAAGAAGAAGGCAGGAGAGAGAGAGACGUCACCAAAACCAGGAACAUCUACAAUGACUUCAGGUAAAAAUGCUUUAACAGUAAAUUAGUUUUAUUUUGUAUAAUUUUUUUGUUCGUUUAAUUUUUUCAGAGGUUACGAGACUAGUACCGAGACGUGGUAUUUUACAAUUGAAAAGGACAGACA